AUGGUGCGCGCGAGGUCUUACGCGUACGCAAACCUGACCGUUGAUGAGGCGACCACGAAACUUGUCGUCCUCGGCUCCGGCUACAAGAAGUACGCUGCCCCGUCCCAAGCCGUGCGGCUGAGGUGGCGUGACCCGCGGCUCAACCUGACCUUCUUCAGGAAAAACAGCUUUGUGGCGCUGCCCUCAUACCUGGAGCACGAGAUCUGGACGCCACGGCUGACCUUUCUGGACGUCAGCGAGGUGCGUCUGUUGGCUGCGACAGCUGACGACGCCUCGCGUAUCACUCGCAUCUACGAGGACGGCACCAUUGCGGACACACGCAGGUAUGUGUUCAGAGUGUCCUGUGCCAUAAACCUGGACCUAUACCCUCUGGACACACAGCGUUGUCCGUUCAGAAUCAAGUUGCAGCGCCACACCGAGUCCACGGCACAACUUCAUUGGAUCAGCGUGUUCAAGACUGGCGAGGAAGACGUGGUGUGGUUACGCGGAGCGCGCUUGCACACCAUCACGCUGAGCACGAGCAAACAGACGCUUGAGUCGAUCGCAGGGCCCCAGCGCUGCCUGCUGUUGCAGUUCGCGUUCAGGCGCAACCCGUGGCCUCACUUGUUGAGCACGUGGCUGCCGUCGGCCAUGCUGGUGCCCGUGGCCUGGGCGCGCCUGUGGUAUCCGGGCGGAGGCCUGUACCUGCCCUGCGCUGCCCUCGCUGGCCUCACGCUGCACUCCACACAGUUCAAGGCGAUGCUGCGUGGGCACGACCUGCUCACCGCCAUGGACGUUUGGCUCCUGAUCUGCCUGGGAUUCGUGCUCGGCGCGUUCUUCGACUACCUGAUCGUCUGCAACGCGAACCAGCGGGCGUGGAGCGUACAGAAGCUGACCGAGGACAAUGCUGCGGACGACUGCAGCCGCACCAUCUCCGAGCAGGUGUACGUGGCCGACGGCUACCGGCUCACACACGAGGCCGGCACCCAGACACCGCCGGACGUGGGGCUGGACGAGGCGCGACACGAUCGCCGCGCGUGGCUUGUCUUCGUCAUCGGAUUCCCGUUCGUCACGGUUGUGUACUGGGCCUACUACCUGACCGCUUCACGCUGA